CUCAAGCCCACCUCAACACCAAUCUUCAUGCCACCACACCAAUCAACUACAAUCUCCCCUCUCACCACCUUCCUCAUACUCACCGCCUUCAUACUCGCUUUCUUCCCCGGCGUCUUCCACUCCAUCAUCUGGGCGCCCUACAACUACGUAUUCCCGCCGAACGAACCCCGCGGUCCCACCAGCGUACGCUGCACAGCGCCGAAUAUCUGUGUUGCGGCACCAACAAUGGCCUGGUUCCAAAAAACCCUCACCCUCCCCCCACAAAGCCGCGGCUCCUACCUCAUAACCGACACCAUCGUGUCCUCCCUCCCCGAGAUAAAAUCCUACAAGACCGGCAUCCUGCACCUCUUCAUACAGCACACGAGCUGCGCGCUCAGCCUGAACGAGAACUGGGACGCCGACGUGCGCGCCGACAUGAGCGACGCGCUGGACCGCCUGGUGCCGGAGGACAAGAAGGGCGCGGGGCUGUACCGCCACGACGCCGAGGGCAGCGACGACAUGCCCGCGCAUGUCAAGAGCGCGCUGGUCGGCGCGAGCGUGAGCGUGCCGAUUACGAAUGGCAGGCUCGCGACGGGCACGUGGCAGGGCAUUUGGUACUUGGAGUUUCGCGCCGCGAGGCAUACGAGGAGGGUGGUGGCGACGAUUCAGGGGGAGAAGAUGUGAGCGGAGCUUGCUUUCUGCGGGAGGAGGUUGGGCGGCGAGGGCGAGCAUGGGGGGAUAUGAGGGCGGUACAUAACGAGGUUUGUGGUUAAGACCAGCUGGGGCUGUGACUGGGGCUUUGAACGACGAGGCUGGCAUUGUGCUAGCUUAGCAUUGAGGGUUAUGCUAGGUUGGUAGGCAUCAAGGAUAGAGAAGGAUGCUCUAUGAAGGAAGGCUUGAACGAGGGCUUUUGUAUCGGACCUAUUUGAGGCAAUUGCCCAUCAAGCUCGCCGACCAAUGCCAUAUUUUCACUAGCGAAAUAUCCAUCUACGAAAAGAUCCAAGUCCUUUGAGGGAUACAGGGUGGUGACCGCAUAUCGAACGGAUGGGGACACAAGCAUGACUUGUGUCAUUGUAUGAAUACAAAGGAGCUCAAUUCUCAUUGAGGGAAUAGUUUGGGUCUAUAGUCCUU